UUUCGUGCGCGUUCUUUGCUCCAGAUCCACAUUAAAGUCUAGUCCGGCUCAGUCAGCUCAGUAAUCAACGCGAUCACUCAGCAAGGUGCAGUUUAAUUGUGGGUUUCCGUAUGGUCCUGCCAACUCCCAACAGGCAACAUGUCUACAAACUCGGCUGUGAGCUCAGCAUUUGAAUCAUUGUGGACACCUGUAAAAUCCGAAGAUGAGCAGAGCAAGGGUCUUCGAGGAUAUGUUGGAACUCUAGAAGAAGCGCUGGUAGUUUUGAAGGCGUAUGAGCUUGCAUCAUCCUUGAAAUACAACAAACAUUUUGAAACUUCUUCUGGACUUGGUGACAAUUGUUUAAAAAAUGCAUCCAAGAAAGUCCGCUUUCUAGACCGUCAGGAUGGUACGAUUCCCGCGGACGGUGUCCCUUUCAUGACUCUUUAUCAUAUCUCUUAUGAAUGCGAGUAUGGUCGUGACAAAAAUGCUCAAUUGAAAAGGUCUGCGGAAGAGGAUAGGGAAAAAAUGCUCAGGGGUGAGUUACCUUCAAAGAGACGAUACAAGAGAAUCAAACGCCCAGAAUCCAAAAAAGUGGGAUGUACGGCUUUUGUACAUGUGAAGCAGGCAGCAAAAUUCAUUGACUAUACGGAUAUAAAGACUGAAUAUCAGAAGAAGAAGACAAGUGGGGCGAUCAAGGGUGCACUACUGAACAGGAUAAAAUUAGCCAUUGAGACAAGAUUUUACAUCAGGCUUCCAAGCAGAGAGGAGCAUCUACAAACACAUGAUAUAGGCGAGUAUACCGUUCCAAAUAGGAGUCUAUUGGAGGGUGCAUUGCUAAACCAGGCUGUCAGGAAACCUUUGAAGAAUCCAUUUACUAAUAAGGGUAGUGGAAUGACCUGUCAUGCUCUCAGACUAAAACCUGGGGAGGAGCUGAAGGGGAAACUCUUUGAAUACGUCCACAACCAUGACCUUAAGGCCGCAUUCAUCCUGACGUGUGUCGGCAGCCUCCAGUCGGUGUCUCUAAGAAUGGCUGAUUCAGUGACGAUGAUGCAUAUUAAGAAGAACCUUGAGAUCGUCUCACUGGUUGGAACGCUGUCUGGAGGAAAUGGGCACCUACACAUGAGCUUAUCAGACGAACUUGGCAAUGUUGUUGGCGGUCAUCUUCUCGGCGACGCUGUGGUGUUCACAACGGCAGAAGUGGUGAUUGGAGAUAUCCCUCACCUGUCAUUUUCCAGAGAGCCAGAUCUAGAAACUGGUUAUGAUGAGCUUGUAAUAGAAAAGAGAUAGUAUUUGUACAUCCUGCCAUCUUGAUCUACCAUUGACGGUUUAUUCUAUACAUGUAGACUGAUUAAAUGAUAUGUGUCCAACAAAGUUAUUUUUGCUUGUGCUUAUGAUACCAAGUUAUGAAAAGUUAUUAAGAAAUGCCAGUUGUGGGAACGAUCUCAAAAUGAGUUCGAGAAGAAUCUAAUAAAAUGAUCACUCCAUGUUUGUAUGUGUAAGUAUCAAUAUGUGCCAAAUGGCUCUGAACAAAAUGUAUAAUUGCUGGGAAAUGAGCAAAAUCUCCUGGAAUUCAAUAAAAUGUCUGGUAAUUUUCUAAGCAAUAUUAGUAGACUGUCCCACAUAUGCUUUUCUGUGUUAGUGAUCAUAAAUGUAGGUUUUCAGCUAGGAUUUCAUGAUUUCAAAAAGAUAAGUUUGUUUUUUAUGAUUUUAAAGACUUUCUCAGUAAAUAAUUGUUAGCGGAAACUACAUUCUUUUUCUCUUGAGAUAUGAUUAUCUUGUCAAGAAUAGUAUAAGAAUAUCUGUUUUUCAGAUUUUAAUUCUCCAAAGGGAAAUUUGAAAGAUGAUAUGUAGUUUUCAGCAUAUAAUUGCUUUCCUGUGUAUGCAUGGUUCUCAAAAGUUGAAGUAUGUCACGUGACAUAUUAUAGAACACCUAUGAUAUCAGAAAGAGGUGUUAAAUGGAAAGUAGAUAAUAUUUCUGUUAUAUUGAUAUAAAAUUUGAUUAGAUUUUUUAUAGAUAAUAUUUGUGUAUUUUAUUUGUUAACUAAAGACUAGUCAAAUUUUGGAUGAAAAGAGGCUAAAUAAUGUCCAAGUCCUACUGUAUUAUGUUGAUGUUUUUUACCAUUUCCCGUAAUAAUGAGUGAAUGAUAAUAACAUUAAUGAUUACAGCCAUUGAUAUUACAUAUUUUGUUAGAUUUAUAUACUGUAUGAUUAAAUUGGAAUGCCCACAUUACCCCCCAAAAAUAAAAUGCUUCAAAUACCAUGGCCCAUUUUUGCAUGCUGGUUAUCAUAUCGAUCUUCAUAUCUCCAGUAAGGAUCAUUGGUACCGGUACUCUGUGAUAAACCAUACAAUGCAUAAACCUUACAAUGUGGGCAAUAUUUUUGUCACAAUAGCAACUCCAUAACCUACAUAUUCAUCACUUAAUUGCACACUCUUGAAAUUAUUAUCAGUUUACCAUGACCUUCAUAUAUGUACAUGUAUGGUUUGAUGUACUUCUCUUUCUUUUUUUUCAGGAUCAUGUAGCAUGGUCUCAAAUAUUUGCUGUCAAUUUGUUUAUAUUUCACCAAAAUCAAUCAGGAUGUUAGACACUUCAAACAAGGAUUCUGAAUUAGUGAUGCGUAUGUAAUUUGUAGCACAUCAGGCCUUUUUUAAUAGCCUAUGCAAGCAGCUAUUGAAAUUGAAAAUGUAUUCAGAUAAUUAUCAUAACUAAAUAAAAUAUUGUAUAGGCCUAUUGUUUACAAUAAAAAAGCAAUUUUGUCAAAAUUAAAUGGUCUCUUAUUUUAUAGCAUCCAGUGGGGGGAUCAGCUUCUGGAUUCCAACUUGCGAACCCCCCCCAUGAUGAGAUGCUUCCCUUGCUCUUCUAGCUCUGUAUACAUUGGACGCAGUACAGAUAUUAAAUAAUUGAGGACCCCU